AUGCACAUCUUAACAACAACCAUCUUCUCUCUCCUGGCAGUAACAGCCUCCGCCAACGUCAUCAACAGAUCAUCUCCAACCUCCUCGACACCCUCAACACCCUCAACACCCUCCUACUUGCCCUGCACUGAGGACAAAGAGUGUGGCAGAAAGUCCUACUGCGACUCAGAACACCAACGAUGCGUCGGCCUCCGCGAGUCUGAAGAAGAAUGCACCGCGAACUGGGGCUGUUUUUCCAACUGGUGUCUCAACGGCCAAUGCAAAGGCAACGACGCUGCCGGCAAGCCCUGCAACAAUACCGAAACGGACUGCUCUUUCUACGUUAAACAUGGGCCGUACGAAGAUGGCGAAUACACUUUCUGUCCCAAGGACACGGGUGACAAGCCGCGGACAUGUAUGCUGGGACAUCUUCGCCAGGGAGAUAAAUGUACCCUCAACGAGCAGUGUGCGUGGGAUAACUGCGUGAACGUUUGGCACGCCCUGCAAGACCCAGAGUGA